AUGUCUGAAUCCGAGCCCCGGCAGAUCCAGGGCCGAUCUGAGGGCCGUCGCGAGUCCCUCUUGGCCGAGUUCCUUCCCGGGAGCCUGACUCUGCCGCCAUCUUUUGUUGCAACUUCGCCAAUCGUUCGCGAAAUCUUGGGCAGGGACAUCGCAGAAUGCUCUUCCGAGCCUGACGAUGAAACUCAUGCCACGCCCGAGUCCGACGAUGAGUCGGAACACCCUUCCACCCAGGCCAUAGAGCCAAAGCUCGCGUUCCACCCAAACGGGGUGGCCUACGGAUGCGGCUUCUCUACGGUCCCCCUCCAAGGCCUGGACCGCCCCGUCCCCAACCCGCGCGAGGUGGAGGAGUCGCUCCAGGCCGAGCUCAGUCUGCUUCGCGACAAUGACAUCAUCCCAUCAAAGUCAUCCCAUUCGUGGACACGCCGCGACAGUCUCCCAGGACGUGUUUACCGCCACGUCUUCAGCACCAAGACCCGAGACCACGAGGAGCCCGAUUUCUCUGGCGCCGCUGCUGAAACAACGCCGCUCUUGCCCGACGACAGCUCGAUCGACGAGCUCCCGACGCCCCCGCCCAACGAAAUCCACGAGCGAUGGGAGGAGGCUGUGGCUACUCACAGUGUCAAGACCAGUUGGCAGCGCGAGACAAAGACCCUCGUCCAGUAUUCGGCCCCUCUGAUCGCCACCUUCUUGCUGCACUACUCCGUCACUAUCGGAAGCGUGCUUACCGUGGGCCGCCUGGGAAUGGUAGAGCUAGCCGCGGUGAACCUGGCCACGAUGACUGCUAGCAUCACCUGCUACGUCCCCGUGCAGGGCCUGGCAACUUGCCUUGACACCCUUUGCGCCCAGGCGUACGGAUCCGGCCACAAGCAUCUCGUUGGACUCCAGGCACAGCGCAUGACCUGGCUCCUCUGGAUUCUCAUGGUCCCGAUUGCCUUUCUCUGGUGGUUCUCCGAGCCCAUCUUGCGAGUUCUUGUCCCUGGCGAAGAGACGGCUGCGCUCGCAGCCCUCUACUUGCGGGUUCUCAUCAUAGGGAUGCCUGGUGUGGCUGCCUUUGAAAGCGGAAAGCGUUUUGUCCAGAGCCAAGGCUUGUUCCACGCGACCACUUACACUCUGCUUAUCGGGGCCCCAUUGAGCUUCCUGCAAAAUUGGUUCUUUGUCUUUAAACUGGGCUGGCACUUUGCUGGAGCGGCCACCGCUAUGGCUGUGACCCAGAAUCUGUUGCCAAUUCUGUUGAUUCUCUACGUUCGCUUCUUUGAGGGCUCGCAAUGCUGGAAUGGGUUCAGCAAGAAGGCUUUUAGAAACUGGGGCCCCAUGAUCAAGCUGGCCCUCCCGGGUAUGAUCAUGAUCGAGGCGCAAUUUUCAGUCCUGGAGAUCCUCACCAUUGCUGCCGGUCAGUUUGGCACAGCGCAACUCGCAGCGCAGAGCGUCCUCAUUACCAUCACGUCCACUUCGUUCAAUAUACCGUUCCCUCUUGCCAUUGCAACCUCUACUCGCGUCGCCAAUCUCAUCGGAGCGAACUUGAGCGAUGCUGCGCGAACGACGGCAAAGGUGGCGAUUGUGGCCGCAUGCACCGUGGGACUGUUCAACCUGACCAUAUUCGCCACCUUACGCCGGGUCCUCCCACAGGUCUUCACCGACGACGAAGAGGUGAUCGAUGUCGUCUCGCGAGUCAUUCUCGUCUGCGCCCUGAUGCAAAUCUUUGACGCCCUUGCCGCCGUAUCGCACGGGAUCCUGCGCGGAGUAGGACGCCAGGCUAUCGGAGGCUACGCGAAUUUGUUCUCGUACUACCUAGUAGCCCUGCCCAUCUCGCUGUCAACGGCAUUCCCCCUUGGCUGGGAGCUCGCGGGCCUCUGGUUUGGAGUCACGAUUGGCCUUGCUGUGGUAUCGGGACUUGAGCUUCUGUACCUGUAUCAUUCAGACUGGGACCAAGCUGCAGCGCAAGCUGAGGCCAGAAUGCGUUCCGAAGACACCGGCAACAUUGAGCCCAAGUUCACCAACGCGUAA